GGCCGGGCUCGAAGGCGGCUUCCGCGCGGAGCGAUGGCGGCCGAGGCGAGAGGCGCGGCGGCCCGGGAUGCGGCAGAGAAGGCGCGGGGCAAGCAGGCCGCCCUCUCCUUCGCCGCCAUGGCCGUCCUGGUGGGGCUGCCCCUCUGGUGGAAGACGACCGAGACCUACCGGGCGGCGCUGCCGGACUCCGAGAUCGCCGCGCUGGACGCGCUUCUGUUCCAGCUGACGGUGCCCGUCUCGGUGGUGUUUGCCCAGGGGGUCCUCCCGAAAGACCAGGAGCACAAAGUCCCCUUCCAGCAGGUGCAGGAGAUGGAGAUCCCCUUGAAUGCCAAGACCGGUGUGGUUGCUCACUACGACCGUUCCUUUCGCCUCGCCACUUCCCAGGAGCAGGCGUUGCUGUUGCAGGCCUCGGUCCAAGAGGCGGACAAGGGGCUGCAGCCGGCGGAAGGGCUGCCGGUGGGCUCCCUCACCAUCUACGUGAUCCCCCACGGCUCUCUGCUCCUGCCCCAGGGCUCAGAGAUGUACAUUGGGAAGCACCGGAGCGCCAUCCUCAGGUGCCCCCCGGGGGCAAAGGACCUGCUGGGGGCCCUGAACGACCGGCUGCAGCAGCUGAUCCAGGCCAUGUCCUUCACCCCCGAGACCCUCGUGGAGGCCCUGGCCGACCGAGUCCCAUUGGGCCAGCCGGGAGCCGAGUGGAAGCGCCCCUUCAAGUCCAGUUUCG